UGUCUAUACAGUUUAUCUCAUAUUUUCCCACGCCCCAUCACCGCUUGUACUCAAGAUAUUGGUAGUCCCGUCUAGUACUCCCCCUCGUCAAGACCUCCGCUCCUCAAUAUGACCAAACGUACACGCAAAGUUGGUGUCACCGGAAAAUACGGUACUCGUUAUGGUGCUUCCCUGCGUAAGCAGGUGAAAAAAAUGGAAAUCACACAGCACGCUCGGUACACCUGCACCUUCUGCGGCAAGGUCAGUGAAAGAUCUGAUCGUACCGCCGUUGGUAUCUGGCAUUGCAACUCUUGCAAAAAGACGAUCGCUGGCGGUGCAUGGACAGUAUCGACGACUGCGGCUGCUACCGUACGGAGCACCGUUCGUCGUCUGCGAGAGUUGACGGAGGCAUAGAUAAAAUCUCGUGGUUUCUUUUGCCAUGCCCUUCUUUAGUCUGUUCCAUAUAUCUCGACCCAAUGACUAUGAGCUCAUGAUGCACGUUGUAUAUUCAAUACGUGUGAACGCUUUACCAUAAAUCAUUUCCGAGGACCGUUGAAUAUGGAUGAUUCAUCAAUCUUGCAAACUU